CUGCGCCUGCGCUGCUACGGAAAUGCGGAAGAUGACUUGUCACUGUUGUUGUGGAAGCUGUCAGGCACGUGAGCUGUGCUACGUCGUCGUAAGUGGUAAUAGGCGAUAUGUCGGCUGAUACUCCUCCCAAGGUGUUAUUUGAACAUGAAGGUGUUUUCAUUCACUCAAAUACUGAAGACAGUGAAGACCAAGAUCUGCUUGUUUCUGGGUUCCUACGGAUUAUUGAUAAGGAUGGUGAAAUCAUCGUGGAAUACAAACCCUUGGAGGACACUGUUGAUCCAUCCAACAUGCUCUGUGCUGGCAAGGAUUCCAGCUCAGUGAUGGAGUGGGCCUAUUGUCCUGGGGAGGAGAGGUCGUCACCUCAGCAGGCCGUGGUGCUGGAGCAGCAGCAGAGCUACGAGACCGAGUGGGACAUGAUCAACGCAGUCUCCUUUCCCAAGAGGAAACCCUGUUCCAACGGAGAGGGUGCAUUGAACCACACGCAUGAGAAAAGCAAGUGGUCCUUCACCUUCAGUGUGUGGGACUUGAGGUCUAUCACAGUGAAGGAGGAGGGCUGGUCCCGUCUGGUGUUCGGAAUGAAGGAGACACCCGCAUCACUGCCAUCCCUCCACUUCCACCAGGGGGGCAGUGAAGGCUUCCUUGACUGCCUGAGGAGAUACAUCAUAAUCACAGAGGCCCCAGAUGAUGAAACCUGCCUGCUGGUCAGCACUCCCAACCGAGCUCUCUCUCAGUCCUUCGAGAACCUUCUGGACGACAACAACUACGGCCUUGUUACUGUAAUGUGUCGUGCAAUAUACCUUUUAUACGAAUGGCACUUACCUGUAUGGAAAGAAACUUACUUUAGCAAAACGGUUUGCACAGAAAAGCUGAAGAAGGAUCCCUAUGUGACAACGUUGGGCGGCUUCUCCAAGGUCACCAACUACAUCUUUGACGCGUUCCGCGGCCCAGAGCUGGAGCAGCAGCAGCGGAAGCCCCAUGAGGAGGUAGCUGACCUGGACAUCCUGGGACUGGGAGAGGUCAUCCCUGGCCUGGAGAUCAACCAGCAGGAGGAACCUGGCUUUGAGGUUAUCACCAGGAUGGACCUGGGCGCCAGGCCAGAGGUAACAAGGAGGGAGCCACUGUCUGCAGAGGACUGGGCUAAGCACCAGGACCAGGAAGGAAGGGUGGAAAAUGUCCCUCAACUCAAGAAAAUCAUAUUCAAAGGUGGCUUGUGCCAUGCGGUGAGGAAAGAGGCCUGGAAGUUUCUGCUGGGAUAUUACCCCUGGGACAGCACCUACGACGAGCGGAAAGGCCAACAGAGGAGGAAAACGGAUGAGUACUUCAGGAUGAAGCUCCAGUGGAAGUCGGUGAGUGAGGAGCAGGAAAGGAGAAACUCCAGGUUAAGAGACUGCAGGAGCCUGAUAGAGAAGGACGUGAACAGAACAGACAGAACCAACAGGUUCUAUGAAGGCAUAGACAACCCAGGCCUGGUGUUACUACAUGACGUCUUGAUGACGUACUGCAUGUAUGAUUUUGAUCUGUGUUAUGUUCAGGGUAUGAGUGACCUCCUCUCCCCAAUCCUCUAUGUGAUGGACAACGAGGUGGAUGCCUUCUGGUGUUUUGUCUCCUUCAUGGAUCAAAUGCACCAGAACUUCGAAGAGCCGAUGCAGGGCAUGAAGACUCAGCUGAUCCAGCUCAGUACUCUGUUGAGGCUGCUGGACCUGGCCUUCUGGAACUACCUCGAGUCACAGGAUUCAGGUUACCUGUAUUUCUGUUUCCGGUGGUUACUGAUCCGCUUCAAGAGGGAGCUCAGUUAUCCAGAUGUCCUUCGUCUGUGGGAGGUCAUGUGGACUGGCCUGCCCUGCCAAAACUUCCAUCUGCUGGUGUGCUGUGCCAUCCUAGACUCGGAGAAAAGGAAAAUCAUGGAGGAAAACUAUGGCUUCAAUGAGAUCCUCAAGCACAUCAAUGAACUAUCAAUGAAGCUGGACAUUGAAGAAAUCCUUCACAAAUCAGAGGCUAUUUGUAUGCAGAUCAGAAGUUGUAAGGAUUUGCCUUAUUCAAUAAGUGAGAUCCUGGGAUUCAACACAGAAAGCAAAUUUCCCAGAUUAGAAGGGAGGGAGUUUGGAACUCUUGAUUCCCCUCAGUACCCCAGACCCACACAGAUACAGGAGGUCUUCUCUAAUGGUCACAACAGACAUUACAGAGAACCCCCUACUCACAAUGGCUGCAAAGUCUCCUUCAUAUCAUAGUGAACAAUAUCAUUCACACAGACUUGCAAUGUCCACAUACCAGAAAGAGUAUUUUGGAUUCAGUUAUUGGAUAAGUUGGUAACUGAAACCAGUUUAUCAAGUACCUAUAAGAAGAAAUUUGAAGAGAAAAGAAUGUAAAAAAUGAUUUAAAAUUUUCAAAUGGUAUUGUUUUUGUAAUUUCUUGUACCAUAUUGUCUUUCAUUGAAAUGGUAAGUCAUUCCUUCAAUCCUUGCUAAGGAUAUUUUGUAAAGACGGGCAUGGUGAGUUUGCAUUGUGAAGUUAUAAUGUGCUGUUUUUUAUUUAAACUAUAACCUUUUCCUGAGUCAUGCGCACAAGUAUUAAAAUCUAGUCCUGGGAUUUCAAUGUUUAUUGAUUCAAAUGUUGAAAAGUUAAGGAAAGGCCUACAGAGUUAAGAUUUGUCCAAAUAUUAAUUUGAUAGUAAAUGACAAAAGGCUGUACAAUAUGUGUUGUCUUGACGCUCUGUGAUAAUAAGACACUUUUGAAGAUUAAAAUAUUUAGAACAAAGCAAAAACCAACAUGUCCUUGUUACUCGGCUUUCCCAGUGAAUACAAAUACAGCCUUUGAUUGUGUACUCAAACAUCAGUACUAAUGCGUUUAUUUAGGUCUAUAAGAUUGGACCUUUUUCUUAGUGAUGAAAGAUUUCAUUUUAACUCUCAUUUCAUAUGUAUCUGGUACUGUAUUGAUAAAGCCUCUUGAGUAGAAGGAUCCGGUCCCACCUCGGAGACGUGGCCCAAAAAUACUAUUUGAGCAAGGUUGGGUCCAGUCCACCCACAUCACUUGUAUGUAACAUUUUCCUGGAAGACUUCCUUUGACCAUAUUUGGCAAAAACUCAUAGAUUUUUGGGCUCCAAAAUAUCAAUGGUAUUACAAUUUUGUUGACUGUUUAUACCAUAGUAUUAAAUUGUUUUGCUUGUUUUCCAACUAUUUUAAUUGUGGACUGUCUAUCUGGCCCAGGAGGAAAACAGUAGUAAGUUCUUCAGAACUCAAUGAGUUGUGGACUAUUACUUAAGGCAAUAAACGCAAUCCUUUUAAGAUUUAUUUCAAUUUA